AAGUAAAGAGAAAGGGGCAAUUGCCCUCACAUGACAUGGCCGCGAGGGUUUCCAAACAACGUCCCGGUGGCGUAAUCUUGUUACGAAUAGAAGGGAGGGUUGCCCUCAUUUAAUAUGGCGGCGCGACGUCCAAAGCACAUCGAUUUUUCAGUGAAGCGCACGUUGAUUGGUUAGGAAGGCAACUGCGAGGUGAUGAGUUUAGGGAACGUGGGAGAUGGCAGAAGAUAAGGUUAGUGUCAUGGCCUUAGGUACAGGCAUUGCCCCGGACGAUGGGGUGAGAAGCAAGAAUCCCACACUGGAGAGAUGUCUUAACAUGCUGAAAGACGCAAGAAAUGACAGUGAACUGUUUGCUGCUCUUCUUUUGGUAACCAAAACAGCUAAAGCUGGAGACGUUGACUCCAAAACCCGUCGGAGGAUCUUUGAUGCAGUUGGUUUCACUUUCCCAAAUCGGCUCCUGGCUUCCAAGGAUCCCCCUGAGGGCUGUCCGGGGCACAUGUUCCAAGCCCUCGGCCUCACCCUGCUGGCCUGUUUCUGCACUGAUCCAGAUUUAGCUGGACAUCCUCAGGUCCUUAACAAGAUCCCAACUUUCAACGACGUGAUUUCCACUUGCGAUCCUGGCGAUGCUUCUUGUAGCUCCAUGAUCGAUGAUGCUUACCAGUGUCUUGGUGCUAUUCUGGCCACUUCCAAGGGACCCAGGGAGCUAGUGAACAGGGGGGCCCUUGUAACCCUUUGUCAGGCCUACGUGAGCCACAGCUAUGGUUAUGAUCAGGCCCUUCAUCUGCUUGUGGGGCUUCUGACAGCUGCAGAAGCAAAGUGCUGGCAGAGAGCCCCUUCUGCUCUCAUGAACGUACUUGAUGGACUGAGUGCAGAGUUCCAGAAGGCUGAAGAUGUAACUAAAUUCCAGAUCUGCGAAGUCCUGCCCCAUUUUGUGCCUCCCCUUCUCCCGCUGAGCUCUGAGUGCGUGCAGUCCCUCUACCAAGGCCUGUCAAGCAUCCUUGCCAGCAAGCUCAGCGCUUCCCAGCUGGAUCCAGCCUUGAAACUGGCGGCCUGCCUGAUGCAAGCCUGUGGCUCAGGAUGGAUUCCAGCACAAAGGUCUGGCGGCAAGUUCUUUGCCUUGCUGGCCAACCUGGCAUGCGUGGAGGUCCGCCUGUCUCUGGAAGAGCCUGACCUGACAGAGGUGGACAAGAAGCAGGAGUUGGUGGUGGCUUGCUACGUCCUCAUGGAGCAUGCGAUUCUGGAGUGCACGAGAGAGGAGGGGUCUCUACUUCGAGAGGAGCAAAAGGUUCAGCUGGUGGGAAUCCUGGAGGAAGCCUUUGAGGCUGUUGUUUACUACCUGAGGCAGGCCGGGUGGGAGAAGCUGGCAGACCCUUUCAUCUUUGCCUCUGUUCGAGUCCUGGGAGCCUGGCUGGCGGAAGAGACCUCUUCCCUGAAGCAGGAGAUCUGUGACCUCCUUCCUUUUCUCCUGCAUUAUGCCAAGUUGCAGUUCGAGGCAGGGAGGCAAGGCGGAAGCGACUUGCAAAAUGCCGGAGGUGGUGACGGCCAGGCACCCAUUUGGCAGGGAGAUGCUCUGAGGUUUCUGUUGCCUGGCUUAAGCCACUUGACAGCAGAGGAUCGACCCCGGGCAAUCCUCUUUUCCGAGGGGGCACCGGAUCUCUUGUGCCAGUAUUUCUCACACCAGUGGGAGAUGUUUGUUUCAGACUUGGAAGCCCCGUUUGCGUCAGGUGCUGUAGAAUCCACUCUACAAACGGCUUGUGCGAUCUUUCUGAAUUUGGUUGUGGCUGUUCCAGAGCUGAUCAGUCGGGAAGAUUGUUUCGCAGCCUUGAUGGACAAGUUGCUGAAGUCUCUUCCUUCUUUGCGGCCGCAGGGAGAACACCUUGGCCUUGUGGCCAGCAUGGCGACACUGGGGCUCAUGAUGGCAAGGAAGCAGUCUGCUCACCCAGGUUUUCAGAGCACUGCAGAAGCCGAGGGAUUCUUUGCUGCCACUGUUACUUUCCUGGCAGAAGCACACAUCGCACAACCUGAUCCCAUCAGCAACAACACGGUCCUGCGACUUGCACCAGCCUACGAGGCAGUGUGGCCAGCCAUUGGCGAACUGUGGUUUCUGGGGAUGCAGGCCUUUGCGAGUUGCGUGCCACUCUUCCCGUGGCUGCCAGAGAUUGUCCUGCACUCUGCCUGGCUACAGGAGCUUUUGGGAAUACUGGGCCGCGUGGCCGCAACAUCUGUGGACUUGGAACUGGUCACUGCUUUCCAAGGCGUCUUAGUGGAGCUGGCCAGAGCCAGCCGCCCGUGCCGGCAGGUGAUUCAGCGGCACCAAGGUGCUGCACUGGCCAAUCUGUAUGGUAUGGCAGCUUUAGAGCAAUGUCUAAAUUAUCCGUGAGUGUGUUCAGGACAAUUUUUUUUUGAA